CCAUCGUACUCGUUAAAUUAGACACCAAAGUUUCCUGUAUCAAUUGACCAAUCCCAAAGAUAUCGUCUUCUAUCAUGUGACCAAACACGGAUAUAGUAGCCUACACACUAAGCACAACCUAAUUGUUAUCAUAGCCGAUUUGGUGAAGUAAAAGGGGUAUGGCAACACCGGACUGGUACCUCUCACUGAAGCUGGUAGAUCAGCCCAAAUCCGUUUUCCAGUUCCCUGAAGCAGAACCCGGAGACGUAGCGCCAGGUGGCUACCGAAUCGCGACGUUGAAGCAGCUGGUCGCCGCACAGUUAUCAGACACAUUACCGGAUCCUGAACUUAUAGAAUUUGUGCACUGCGGCCGCAAACUGAAAGAUGAGCAGACUCUGGAGUCCUAUGGCAUCCAGUGUGGCUCCACUUUGCAUAUCCUCAGGAAGACCUGGCCUGAGCCACAACCUAAUGCUGAGCCAGUGAAUAAGGCCACAGCUGCCAGAGAGUUCCGUCUGCUCCAAGCUGCCCUCCAUUCAAACGCCACCUACAAAGACUCGGUGUUUAAGAUGCUAGCCAGCAAAGAGUCUCUGGACCAGAUCAUUGUGGCCACACCUGGACUCAGCUCAGACGCAAUGGCUCUGGGUGUGCUUCAAGACAAGGAUCUUUUUGUGCAGUUCACAGACCCCAGCAUGCUUGACAUGCUGGUGCAGUCUCACCCUGCCCUGGUGAAUGCCAUCAUCCUGGUCUUGCACUCGGUGGCUGGCAGCAUGCCCGCCCAGGCCGGCUCCAGCUCCAGCCGAAACGCCACAGCCAGCUCCUACAGCGAGAUGCCAGGUGGUUUCCUGUUUGAGGGCAUGUCGGAAGAUGAAGACGACUUUCAGUCGGGCAGCCAGGCAGGGAGCUCCAGGAGGCACGGGGCAUCCUCAGGGGGCCGUCCAGCCAGCCUGGGUCACAGCGGGGCCACGGGGCCCAGACCCAUCACCCAGGCAGAGCUGGCCACCGCCCUGGCCCUCGCCAGCACGCCCGAGAGCAGCGCCGCCACCCCCACCACUGGACACCAGUCAGAGGCCUCGUCUGGUGGGACGUCUCUGACAGCAGGCACCCCGGUGUCCUCUGACCUCUUCAGCCAUGCUCUGCAGCAGGCUCUACAGGCCUCCAGUAUGCCCGGAGCACAGCCUGGCCGCUGGCAGUCCCAGAUGCAACAGCUGCGAGACAUGGGCAUCCAGGAUGAGGAUCUAAUGCUACGAGCGCUACAGGCCACCAACGGAGACAUCCAGUCCGCCCUGGAGCUCAUCUUCGCUGGGGGAGCCGGCCUGUGAGGACCCCGGGGGUCCAGUGGAUGUGCAGGAGGGGGGAAAUAAAACACAAAAACAGAGAGAGAGAGAGAGAAAGAAAGAAAAUGGAAGGGUGGGGGAGGAUGAGAAGAGAAGAAUUGAGGGCUAGAUCUGGAAGGGAGGAAUCAAGGGAAGAUAAAUUACAUUCAAACUUAGACAGACUAGUGUUUUCCCCUGCACUACAAAGACCCCAACAGACACUGACACCCCUGCCUUGUUUGCUUUCACUCCUGCUCCGUAGGGUGGGGGCACUAGCCUGUGCUUUUAGCCAAGGGUGCCACAGUGUUACACCAUAGACUUGCCUUCCCAACAGUCUGAACCGUAGGACUCAAAGCCUUAAGACAUUUCUACACUGACGCCUCCUUCCCCGUCCUUUCUAACACCUUGAUAGGAGAUCUUACCUGACAAGGGUUGUACAUGGAACUUUUUCUUUUUCCUUUAUUAAAAUUGAAGCCAAUAAAAUUACUAAACGUUA